AUGUCUGAAGAAAACAAAUUAUGGAGUGUUGUUGAAUUUGACGAUGACAGCAUCCAUAUUGUCCCUAAAAAUUGGUUUUUGGACAAAUCAAAAUGUUAUUGGCCUACUCAAGGAACAUUUAAAACGAUCAACAGUUACAUAAAAUCAGUUAAAAAAAUGGCUAGCCCUGAUGACAAUUGGCCUGUAUUUGAAGCUCAAAUACUUGCAAGCUCUGAUGAUUUUGAUGUUGCAUUCAAGAAACUCAAAAAAGCAGAAACUCAUACUGAUUUAGCAACAGAUGCCGAACAAGACAAGCUUAGCAGAAAUUUAAGGCACAGAAAAAGAACAAUAAGUUCAUUGUCGUCAAGUGAUGAAGAUAUAACAUCCAAUAUUACAUUAGCUAAAUUACCUGCUGUACCAAAACCACCUUCAAGUGGUACAUCAGAUAUAGACCAAAAAAAGUUGGCUUCUGGAACUGAACAGUUUUCCAAAAAAAGUAGAUCCUCUGCGAAAAAACCUGUAUCAUACGACUAUGAAGAAAAUGUCCGUCAAACUUUAAGUUACAAUAGUGAAACUUCUACUGACUAUCAAACUAAUUUAAAACGUAGCCAGCCAGCUAGUACAAAUUAUGAUGAUGAACCUUACAGUGGCCAUUCUGCAUCUCACUCAAAACGUAGCCAGCCUAGUACAAAUUAUGAUGAUGAACCUUACAGUGGCCAGUAA